AUGGCCGCUCAUCAGAACACCAACCUUCAAGUCAACCGAGGCUUCCAGAGACUGCCCGGUGUAGCUGCAAAUGAAUAUGGAUUUUGUUAUAUUCCCCGGUUUGUUCAAGGGGCAGCUACUCAAGUGGAUGGUGCCGAAAACCAGCAGGAUAUGGAUACCUUGAUAACUAGACUUCGAACUUCCACAGGGCAGCCAAAUCUGGCCUGUCAUUCUGGUGUCAUUGAUGGGAACCCUGCUUGGAUUAUCGCAGUUCCAGCAACCAACCAUCGUUCAGCAUCCUCGGUCUUCGCAAAGAUUCGGGAUUCCGGAAAGAGCGUACACAGGAAGGAAGUCCAGGCCUGA